UGUGUGAGGAGUGGAUGCUUGCUGCUUGGUAGAAAAACAAUUUAGAAGAAGGGAAAGAUGACACCAGAGCAGAUCUUACGCUGACAGGUUUAGUUUUGGCAGAACAUCUUUCUUUACAGGGUGGAGGGACUCCAAGGGAUUCUUGUCAAUUUGAAGUAUUAACUCUUCCAAAAAAGACGGACCUAGGUUAAAAAUGUUUGGAAACAGCGGACCGUUCUCGUAUGCCCCGAGGGGUUUCUCACCGGAGGACCUCCCUCAGCAGAGGCGAGCUUUCCAACAAGAUGACCUCAAGGGUGCUCCACUGCAGACAAACAACAUGUCCAGACCGAGUGGAAAAUCUAUAUACAUGCAGAGAAAGGAGUACUCCGAGACGCUGAACAAACAUCCUGACAACUUUAACGUCAGAGUGGAGCACCUGUUCACCUGUGAGCUGGACGGCCAGGAGGUGAAGAACGUGGACGACUGUUUGGCCAAGCUCAAGAGGCUGGAUGCCAAAGGUCGUCUGUGGCCUCAGGAGAUGAUCAUGGAGGUUCAGAGGGGAUAUCUAGUGCUCAGUGACAUUGAAACCAAGGCAGAGCUGGAGUCACUGCCUUUGAGCUCCAUCUUGAAAACCAAAGCUGUGCUGGAUAGCUGCGCCUACAACUCUCUGCUGAUAGUGACUGUUCAAGAACGCAACAAACGCAUCCCCCAGGUCUUCAUGUUCCAGUGUGAGGAGACUGGGGCGGGGCUCGUCAAGAGUGAUCUGGAUAAGGUGGUCCAAAAAGGAGGUGAGGUUGUGGAACCACGCAGAGACCAGUCUGACAUCAGGACUGAUCUUGAAAAUAUAAUCGGGCAACAAAUGCCAGGAAAUUUCCGGCAAGCUGGGCCUCAUUCUGUGCAGCAAGAGAGGACCCCACCACCACCGGACCACCCGCCCCUUCAAUGGAGGAACAGAGAACCAGGAAAUAUGCUGCCUCCACGUUUUGACGCACCACAAGAGGCAACAAUGUACAGUCCUGAUCUUCAUGAAUUACAGAGCAGACCAGAGGUCGCUGUGCAAACGGACACAGAGAGGAACAGAGACAUUUUAAACCACGUUAUAAAUGAUUUGGAGAUCUUCAUGGGCAAAGUGUCCGCUGCAGAAAAUACCCCCUCUUUACCUCAAGAGGACAAGAAGAAAAAAAAAGCAUUUAAGAAAAAAAAAUCUAAGAAAACUGCACCCACUCCCAGUCUGCCACCCUGGGAGGAAUAUAUCUACUAUCUGCAGAAAGUCAAGUAUGGAUUCAAUCUGCUGGGCCAGCUGGACGGGACACUAACCAGCCCUACUGCUCCUGACUAUGUCCACAUCUUCUUCACUAGUUUAGGCUCGAUACUGCCUCAGUAUCCUGCAGACCUUCCUCCCACUGUUCUCUCACCGCUGCUGACGGAGGCGGCCCUGCGGCUGCUGAGUAAGGUCGUCGACCCAGAGGAAGACAGCCUGUGGAGGUCUCUUGGAGACAGCUGGAACCUCCCCAGAUCUAGAUGGCCAGACGAUGAUGUCCCACUUUACAUCCCAGAGUUCUACGAUGGCUGGCAGCCGCCCGCCCCCUCACGUGUGCCGUCCCCCUCACGUGUGCCGUCCCUCUCACGCAUGCCGUCCCCACUCCCGUUUCAGAACGGUCCAAUGAGCCGGAGCAGCAGCCAGCGCUUCUCAGGAGGCCCCCGUGAGCCACCCCUGUACAUGCGAGUCAUUUACGACUUCGUGGCCAGGAACAACCAAGAGUUGAGCCUUAUGAAGGGUGAUGUUGUUCAGGUGGUUCAGAAAUCCAAGCAAUGGUGGCUUGUUCGCAAUGCCCGCAACGAAGAAGGCCACGUUCCUCAGAAUGUUCUGGAGACCAUGAACAGCGACGGGCCCAUGGAAGAUCUACCGCGGGACACUCGCAGUCCUGUUACUCUGGACAUGGCCUCCACACCUGCAGACGUCAAAGCCUGGUUGGAGUACAAAGGUUUCUCCAAAAUCACUGCAACCAGCCUCGGGGUGCUGAAUGGUACACUGCUUCUGGGGAUGACCAAGGAUGAGAUUAGGACAGUUUGUCCCGAGGAAGGAGGCAAAGUCUUCUUCCAGCUGCAGGCCAUUAAAUCAGCCAUUGCGCUCGCCAGUGAACCAUCAGGCCUGUACAACGGACGCUACUAAAGACCCACCUCACUUUAGUUUGUUUUCUCCUGGCUUUUCAUCCACAGAUCAACAUCCGUAAUUAUAGUGUCUAAUUAAUUCUAUAGUCAUAGAUGCUUUGCUUUCGGCAUUUGUUAUUUAAAGGAAAGUGCUUUUACUGAAUGAAACUUGUAUAUCUUGUAUAAUUUAUCACCAGCAAUAAUUGUAAGUUACUCAAAUUAAUUAUUACUGCAAUAUAUUUUACUCAUAAUGUACUUAUAGUUAUUUCAAGUAAAUUUUGCAGUCUGCCUAAAUGAUUAAACCAAAAUAUGCAACUAUAGAUUUGCUCAAUUGAACACCAUUUUUCUUCUUUAAUAUUUACAUUUAACCAAUUAACAUAUGGUAAAAAUACAGUACAUUUACUUCUGCUGCAUUUUAGGGUAACUUAGGUCAUUUUUAACCCAUAACCUAUUUUCCCGUGUUUUGUGUUUAAGUGACUAAUGGGGACAUUUUUUUAAAUUUGUCAUGUAUUGAGGGAUAACACAGUAACAGGCAGCUGCUAAACAAUAGCAAUGUGAGAGCAAUGUGAGAGCAUUUGUGCAGCGUCAAUGUUAGGAUACGUCCACUAAAAGUGCUGGUUUUGCCACUGACAUGUUCAGAUUGUUGUUAGAAGUGUUUGACGACAAAAAAAAUAUGUUCCCUUUGCUUUUCUUGUUCUGGCAGUGU